GGCAUUUUUUUUUUGUUUCUGUUUGCCGUUGUGUUGUUUGUCAAAAUCUAAAGUCAGAAAAUUUACUUUUUAAGUUAGCAUUUGAUAUUAUUUAGUAUAUGCUAACAUUUCAAGAGAGAAGGGUAAAAUAAAAAGAAAAAAGGAUAUAGAAUUAUUAGUUUAUGUAAAACUCGUGUGUGAUAGCUUCAUAGUGGACAACAUAAUAUUGGAUUGCAGCGCAAGAGACUCCGUUGCAAUUGCGCACUUCGAAUCUUUCGUUUAUUUUUCACAUUUUUUUUCGUCGCAUUCACGAUGGAUUUGCGUAGCUGGAAAAAGGUUUUAUUAGAAUGGGUCAAAGAGUGCAACUUUCUAAAAAAGAGUUUCCGAACCCUGGAAGAAUCGGAUUUGGAAGCGUUCUUUGAAAUAUACCUCCAGCAGGAUGAGGUGACCCUUAUGUUUCAGCAGAAGCAGCAGGAAAAGUUAGCUCGGAAAUAUUCUUCCAGCCAGCACCUGUCCUUGCUUGCGACCUUCCUGCGAUCAAUUUACCCCGAUUUCAACCCGCAUUUGGAGAAGGGAGUUGUUGUGGGCUCAGAUUACCUAUACGUGUAUACGCUGCUUAUGCACUAUGCCUGCGUUAAGAAUCCAACUGAAGUUUUUCACAGCAUCUGCAAACGAUUGCCCGAUCGUACGCAAGAAUGCAUUGCGAAAUUCUUUGAGCAGACUGUGGAGAAGCCACAAUUGUCUCGGGAGGAACUGCGGCAGGCUAUAGUCAAUGUGUCUGUUGUUUAUCGCCGAGGUGACACGGAAUCGCCCCAAAUGAGUGAAAAUAGAUCGAGACGUCAAUCCACUUGUGGUUCACCAAAGAGUCUUAAUACCAGUACCAGCAGUAACCGUAGUCUCAACUCAAAUGACAGCAUCCUGGAGAUUCCUGAAAUAAAACAGAUUGUGCGUCUACCAGAGGAUAUUCCAUCACCACCGCCCCCGGAUAGCACUCCGGUCAUUCAGCAGCGUAUGCAAUCUAGGACGCAAGUACCGCCGCCUACGCCCAAAUCCGAAAUGCUCGAGCUGCAAAAUCGCGAACUUUUGGGACUGAGGGCUGAGUUACAAACAAAGGAUUAUGAGAACAUUGUACUGGAGGAGCAGAUAAUGGAAACCAAGCACUUGGUUGCCUCACUGAUCAAAGUCAAUAAUGAAAAGCAACAACAACUGGACGAUCUUAAGGCAAGUGUGCAAAACGAAGAGGAAGGCAACGGCGACAUGCACAACCAUGUGCCAAAUGAGAUCGAACAUCUAAAGCGUAGCCUGGGCAAAGAAAUUGCUCAAAAGGAAAACGUUAUCACCGAAAUGUCUGAUCGUAUACAGGAUUUGCAAAGCGAAAAUUGUGAAUUAACCAGCAAGUUGAAGAUAUCUGAAACACAUUUAAAUGUCUGCAUGGAUCGUAUUGGUGAGCUAGAGACUCGCUUGGAUGAAACCUCCGAAGCUCUCAAUAUUCGCACAGAGGAAUUGAAUUGCCUGGAACGCGAUAAAAAGGAGCUAGAGGAAUGCCUACAGCAGACUCGUGAUGAGCUCCAUCAACGUCGCGAGAUACUAAAUUCCUCAUCCGACUUGCUAGAUACUAGUAUUACUGCUUCGACCGGUUCGCACAAUAUUACACCCGAAAAUCUGGCCACUUCGGUCAUUGAUAAACAGUUGCGUGAAAAGCAACUGCAGAAUGACGAGUUGGAGUCUCAAUUGCAGACAAUGAUCGCGGAUCGUAAAAAAUGGUCAGAAAAGCUAAAGGGACUUCUGCAACACUUCUAUGAAUCUCUGGACAUAGAUGAAGUGCCAACAGGGGACAAUCUUGUUUUGAUUGAGAAAACCUUAUCGCACCUGGAAGUGAAUUGGCGUCAUGAGCAACAACGGACGAUGCAAUUGGAACAGUUGCGCGAUAAGCAGUCAGUAACCCAAGCCCAAUUGCGCGAUCGUAUUCAAGAAUCGAAUAGCAAGGUUAAGAAGCUGGAGCAAAUGUUGAGCCAGGCACAGCAGGAUUGCCAAGAACAUAAUCAGCGGCAUAAACUCGAGUUGGAACAGAGCCGUAGCCAGCAUAUCAAAGAGAUGAAUGACUUGCAGGAGAAACUAGAGCAUGAGGCGACCAGACUCGAGGCUCAUCAGAAGCAGUUCGACAAUUUGUUAUUCCGCUAUGACGAGCUGCAUGCCAAUGCCGCUGAGGCGGAUCAUCACCUCUGCCAGGUGCGUCAAGAAAUGGCCGAAAAGGAGCAGCAAAUUGGUCAGGUGGGUGCCGAAUUACUUCAAUUGCGUAGCAAGAAUCAAGCCCAUGAAGAGCGCAUCGAUUCGCUAGUAACGGAGCGUUCCAGCGAGAAGCAGCGAUCUGAAAAGCAGAUUGAUGAACUGAAUAAACAAAUAGAAGAUCAAGAGCGUGCCAUAAAACAUGUUCGCUGCAAGUAUAAGCAGUGCAGGAAGGAAUUGAAUCUGCACUCCGGUAGAAUGGAUCAAUUGAUAACGGUAUUGCUACAGGCAGAUGAUUGGGAUGAGGCCAUUGCGAAGGUUGAUGCUUUAGUUAAAUACAAAGCCGAAAUGGAAGAGAAAUAUACGACUGAAAUAGCCAGUUUAGAGGAACGCCUGCACGAUGCCAUGUGUAUGUCGGUAAUAAAUGAGCAACAGAUCAGCGAUCUGCGGGAAGAGCUGGCCUUGACCACCGAGCGAUGGGAAGACCAGCGCAACCGUUAUAGCGAGUUUAGGCAACAAGUUCAAACGGAUCUCCAUAAUCGCGAAGCCCAAUUGGAAAAAACGAUAAUGGAACGUCAAGCUAGCAGUGAUGCCAUAGUGAUAAAUUUGCGAGAACGUCUUCGCAAUACAAGACUCCAGUUGGAAAGAUUUUUGAACACAGCUUCUAAAUUCCUCCGUGUGCCCAGAGAUGACGAUGGCCUCGGCGGCGGCGACGACCAGGACAAUGUCGACCAAGAUGGCGAUGAUGGCAUUGACAGUGAGAGUGAUAGUGAUUCCAGCGGAUCUCGAUUAACAGUAUAUCAGAAUAGAAUCGAUGAGGUAACGGCUCGAAUUGAGCGCAAUAUGUGUAGUAGGAAACAAUUGCUGGAGAGUAUUGAUGAGAAGACGGCAGAAAUCAAUGAACUGACCAAGCAGCAUGCAUUGGCUAUAACCGCGAAUCAGCAAUGGACUGCCAGAGUAAAACAGGAGCAGGAGGCGAAUAGUGAACAGAUGCGCGUUGCAAUGGCAGAGAAAGAUGAGGAGCUGGAUGCCAGAGAUCAGCGUAUCAGUGGCUUGCAAGAUGAAUUGAGUGAAGAGCGUUCAAGGGUCGAGCAAUUGAUGGCCAAAUUGGCUAAAACUAUGGAGAAAAUGGAGUCUCAGGAUAUAGCUGCAAUUGAAAUGGUUGCCAGUCUUAAUAACCUAAUGGCCAAUAAUUCAGUAACAUCCACUAUGCAAUGCCAAACACCACCACCUACUGCCAGUUCAUCGGAGUUAAGCUGGGCGUCCACUAAUUUCUCUCAACUGCGUAACAGACUGUUGCAUUUCGAAGCCGGCUUCGAGCAACUGGAAUCCAAUCGUCGAUUGUUGGAUGAACAAUUGGCCGAGGCAUCUCGAGAGGCCUCAGAUUUAGCCAGUGCGAAGGUUGAGCUAGAGCGACAGGUGGUUAGCCUGGAGGAGAAACUGAAGAUCCAGAAUGAUCUUGUCAAUUGCAAAAUGGCCAAUCAACUGGAACAUCUUAAUUGCUCUCUGCAGAAUAUGGAGGAGGCCAAUGAGAAACUGAGCGCUGAUAAUGAGCGUUUGCAAAGCUUGCUCUCGGAGCUGGAAGAAACUCGAUCCGAAUCUCAGGUUCAGAUGGCAGCCUUGCAAGCGGAACUGGAUCAGCGUAACGAGCAGUUAGCCGAUUUACAACAGACGCUUCAAUCAAAGGCUGAUGAGAUUGAGAGCGUUCAGAAACAGUUUGAGGAAAAGGCCAAGGUAAGCAAUCAGGUCAAUGUGGAACAUGAGCAACGUCUCCAGUUGGUGCAUCAGCUGAAAGAUGAUCUCGAGGUGUUGCGUAACCAAUCGUUGAAAAGUACACAGCAACGCGAUGACGCCAAUUUUGCUGUGGAAAGACAACAAAAUGAAAUACGGAGAUUGGAACAACACAACACCGACACAUUGACACAACUAGAGCAGGCGAAUGCCGAAAAAGAACGUCUGGAGCAGGAACGUAAGGAAUCGGAAGCUCAGGUGGUCCAGCGUGACGAACAGAUCGCGAAGCUCAACAACGAUCUUAAAGAGAGCGAGCUUCGCAUUAUUGCGGAAAAAACAGAAUCUGAUCAACAAUUGAAAAUAUUGCGCCAUGAAAUGGACCUAGUGCAACAGAAAUGGGAGCUUUCGUUGCAAACGAAAUCCGCUAUGACCGAGGAAAUUGAAUCUCUGACCACUAAGCUGAAACAACAGUCUGAACUCGUAGUCAAUGGUGAAAAGGAGUUGGAGAAAUUACAACUUGAGAUAACCAAGGAGCAAGAAAAGACCAAAGAACUGGAGCUGCAAAUGGCUAAACUUGAGGAAGAAAAGAAGGCUUUCGAAGAGCAAAAAGGACGCUUGCAAGCUCAACUUGGGAAAAAUAAAGAACAGAUUGAGAAGAAUCAUGAUCAAAGCCAAUUAUUGCGCCAAGAAUUGUCCAAAGAGCAGAUGGAGAAUGAGCGACUACAGCAAGAAACGUCACGGCUUGAGGAUGAACUGCAAAACGUUAAAUCUCAGAUUGAGAAGAAUCAUGAUCAAAGCCAAGAAUUGUCCAAAGAGCAGAUGGAGAAUGAGCGACUGCAACAAGAAACGUCACGGCUUGAGGAUGAACUGCAAAACGCUAAAUCUCAGAUUGAGAAGAAUCAUGAUCAAAGCCAAGAAUUGUCCAAAGAGCAGAUGGAGAAUGAGCGACUACAAAAAGAAACGUCACGGCUUGAGGAUGAACUGCAAAACGCUAAAUCUCAGAUUGAGAAGAAUCAUGAUCAAAGCCAAUUAUUGCGCCAAGAAUUGUCCAAAGAGCAGAUGGAGAAUGAGCGACUGCAACAAGAAACGUCACGGCUUGAGGAUGAACUGCAAUACGCUAAAACUCAAUUGGAGACGAAUAUCAAUCGAAACGAAAAAAUGGCCGUUAAGCUGGGCGAACUUCAAUCCAGUCAUAUUAAAAAGCAAAAUGAACUCGACCAACGCAAUAAGGCUCAAGCAGAAACAAUUGUCAUCUUGCAGCAGGAGAAAGACCACAUGCUUAAGGAGCUGGGCCAGCUCAACGAUCGUUUGUCCAAGACCGAGCAACGCGAAGCCAUUCAGAUGAAACAAUCCCAAGAAGCUCACAGCGAAGCAGUUGCUGAAAUGCGGCGUGAAAUCGAAUCUCUGCAACAAGAGCUAAAUGAGGCUUUCACAAACUUGUACAAGUCCAAGACGGAGGCUCAAACAAGGAUUGAGUCGUUGCAAGAGCAACUAGACGGUGCUCAGCUUUUGAAACAGAAUGCAGAAAUCGAGCGAGCCACAUGCAAUGAGAGACUUUCCAAGUUGGAGAAACUGCGGGAAUCCCAGGAGAAAAAUAUUCGUCAUCUUAACCAUCAGCUGUCCACGGCCGAUGAAGUAAAAGUGCAGCUAAAUUAUGAAAUUGGAGGCCUCAAUUCCGAGAUCGAGCAGCAUAAAAGGAAAAUGACUGAAGUAAACGCCCAGCUUCAGGAGUCCAUCGAAGCUGUUGGCGAUCUGCAAAUGCAAUUGAAGGCGGCUCAAUCAGAACGGGAUCAGGGCAAAAAAGAGAUCGCCGAAUUGAGCGACAAGCUCAGUGAGCUGCGCCAAGAGGUUGUCGGAAACCGACUAAUCCAUGAAUGUGAACUAGAAGAAAAGACUCGUGAACUAGAAAUAGAACGUCAGGAAACUGCCGAACGUAUUGCUCACUAUCAAACUCGUGUAGAUGAACUGCAACAGCAGUUGGCUGAAAGGAACCAAGAGCUAAAUGAACUCAAUACCAGCCGCAAUGAUCUCUGUGCCACCUACACUAAGAACAGUGAUCAGGAAACAAAUGCCAGAGAACUGGCAUUGGAGCAAUUGCAGCAGGAGCGCAGUGUUAAACAGCAACUCGAACUCGAUUGUCAAAUACUUCAGGCCAAGUAUCGUGAAGCCAAGGAGGAAGUAAUUCGAUGUGAACAAAAAAUCAAGGAUCAGCGUCUGGAAAUGGAGGGCAAAUUGGAGAAAAUGAAAAAUAAAAUGCGUACCCUCUAUACGGCGGAAGUCACUCGCAUGAAAGAGAAACAGGAACGAGAUGCAUCUAACCAUCAAGCAAAAUUGGAUGUCCUUAAUACACAGAACGCAAAAUAUGAGGAACACACACGCAAACUUUCCAAUCAGAUUGUUCGCUUAAAUGACAAAAUUUUGGAACAACAGAAACAACAUGCCAUUCUUAGCACCAAAUUGCGUCAUCUGCAGACAACAGCAACAACCUCAAAGACCUCGACAUCACCGACGGGAACACUUAAUGGUGGUGAAUCUCUAAAUGGAGCCGGAGGCGGUGGUAGUGUCUGCGAUGAUUGGCAACCGUUCAAGCGUCCAAAUAUACCAUCCUCAAAUCUGGGAACUAAUUUGGCAAUGGAAGAUGAGGAAGGGGAGGUGUUCAAUAAUACGUAUUUAACAGAUUUAAAAUUGGGACGUGUUCCCGACUCAAUGAUGACUGCCGAGGAGUUAAAUUAUAGAAAUUCGUUGCAACCGCCACAUUUGAGGAGCACCUAUGCGGCACAAUAUGAUUUGGGUGGUAUUCCCGAUGAUGAUCUCAGAGAUGGUCCACAUAGUUGUAGCCUGGAUGACAGCAUGAGCGCUUUACUGAGCACAACGGGCACAAGCACUGGCACACGGAAAAAAACUAUUGGAACCCAUUAUAAACGUCCUGGCCCACCGACACCUAGUAAAAAUGGCGGACGCUUAUCAUUUGGCGGCACUUGUGAGCCGCCUCGAGAAAUUCUAAGGGAGACUUGCGAUAAUGGUACAUCAAAGACGCCAGCACGUUUCAAGAUUUUCUCAUCACGUUUCAGUCUCGGCAGCAGCAGUAGCAAUAGCAGCGCCCUGCCACGGGAUGAGCCACCGCGUCGUAAGCGCCAAAAUCAAAAUCUUUUAACCGGCUUGCAUCGUCGUAAGCUUCAAUUGCGUGCCAUGAGCGAUGCCAUUCGAACAUCAACACCAAGGAAGAGCCGCUCGUACUAUGAUCAGCGGCGUCUGAUCUCUAUCAGCGAUGCGGUGUCCGAUGAAGAAAUGGAUGUAGAGCCAGUCCAGAAAAAGCCGCCAGAGAAGGCGCAAAUACAAGAGGGGGAGAGUACCACCCCGCAUUUAUCAAAUGCAGAUCUGCAUGCCAUGACUCGUGGUUUGGGUAGACGUUUAAGCACAAACCAUGGCUACACGGGGCAAAGCAACACUACUACCACUUCCGGCAGUAGUGGCCAAGUGAUGGCCAAUGCCAAUGCCAGUGGCCAUAGACAAAGAAAAAAGCGCAUGGGAAAUUCCAGUAGACGUGUCUCUCUUAACCUGCAUGGCAACAUAUUUGCCAAGAUGACCUUUUCAAGGAGCAAGAAAAAGGUAGUAUCUGCCUUUUAUGCUCAACGGCAACAGCAACGCAAGAAGAUCAGGCAACAACAUUGCUUCGAUCGGGCUCGUCAACUGAGUCCCAACAAUGCUACAUAUAAUGUGGAUGAUAUCAAUCCAGUUGAAAGCCAAACAAAAACUAUUUCACCGGAUAAUAAUAAUUAUAGUCUGCAUAAUCGGAAUGAGAAUCACGAAAUGAUGGGUCUGGGUCAAACUGUUGUCGUGAAGAAGCACGAGCAAUCGGAAUUUGAUGUGGCCUCAUCAUUCAGAUUGAGUGAAAACAAUGUGGCAGCCACUUUUAAUGUAAUGGAGUCGUCGCAUCAGCAGUCGGUAUUUGGGGACAGUACAAAACAAUUGCAACAACAAUUUGAAGAUGAAAAUCUGCAACGCUGUUCGUUCUGGCUGGCAUCAAACACGUCUGCUGCUGCUGGCGACGAGAUUAUUGACGACAACACCAAUCAUGAUUAUCAUUUUGAGCAACUUUGCAAGGAGACAGCUUCCACAGCUCCCUUUCACCUGCAGCCUCUUUGCUAUAACGAGAUGGAAGAGGAAGAAGAGGAGGAGCAGGAGCAGCAAAAUAGGAAGCAUCCCCCUUCAGACUUAGGGAUGGAGCUAGAAAUGGAGCUGAAGGAGCUGGAACUAAACGAGAACGAUAACUAUGACCAUGAAAUGGAAACCCAUCAUAUAUCGGGAAUCACCAAUGGCAGUUGCGCCACCAAUGUAACUACCAUGACCAGUGCAUCAUCACACAGAUCGUGUACAAUUUACUCGCUGGGCAAUAUUCAGACGCAUCGCUUGCCACAAAUCAGUGUCACCCAAGUGCAACGUUUAAGCGGUUUGGUAGAGCAGCAAACGAAUAAUCAAAUCGUCGAUAACAACCAGCCCAUUGGACCAAACAAUAGCAUUUCCCUGGGCGAACUUUUGCAAAUGUUUCGUCUUCUUAAUCUCACUGGGCGCCUAAUGAUCACACUGAUGUUGUCCCUUAUAAUCGUAUUAUACUGCUACGGCAAAUAGAGCAGUAAUAGAGACAAGAAGAUCACAAGUCAGAAGUCACGCCACAGGAUAAUUGCAUAAUCCAAAUUAAAUUUCUAAUCCAUUGUC